CGCAGGCCACGUCGCAUCAGGACCGCAGACAUGAGGCUCGUCCUUCCCGCCCUGCUGUUCCUCGGGGCCCUCGGACUGUGUCUGGCCGCCCCUAAGAGAAGCGUCCGGUGGUGCACCAUCUCCCAGGACGAAGCAAACAAAUGCACCCGGUGGCAGCGGAGCCUGAGGAAAGCGAGAGGCCCCUCUCUGUCCUGCAUCAGGAAAACCUCCUACCCUCUGUGUAUCCAGGCCAUCGCGGCCAGCAAGGCAGACGCUGUGACUCUGGAUGGCGGCUGGGUGUAUGAAGCAGGGCUGAACCCCUACAAGCUGCGGCCUGUCGCGGCGGAAGUCUAUGGAAGCACAGCGGAGCCUCGCAACUACUACUACGCCGUGGCCAUAGUGAGAAAGGACAGCGACUUCCAGCUGAACCAGCUGCAGGGCCUGAGGUCCUGCCACACUGGCCUCAACAGGACUGCCGGGUGGAGUGUGCCCAUAGGGAUCCUCCGUCCAUACCUGAACUGGACGGGACCGCCCACGCCCCUGGAGGAAGCUGUGUCCAAGUUCUUCUCAGCCAGCUGCAUCCCGGGUGUGGACGGGAGCCGUUUCCCCAACCUGUGCAGCCUGUGCACGGGCCCAGGGGCCAGCAAGUGCGCCGCCUCCUCCCUGGAGCCCUACUUUGGCUACUCCGGGGCCGUCAAGUGUCUGAGAGACGGGGCUGGACAUGUCGCUUUUGCCAGGGCGAGCACCGUGUUCGAGGACCUGCCAGACAAGGCGGAAAGGGACCAGUAUGAGCUGCUGUGCCCAGACAACACCCGCAAGUCGGUGGACAGGUUCAAGGAGUGCCACCUGGCCCGAGUGCCUUCCCACGCCGUCAUGGCCCGCAGUGUGGACGGCAGGGAGGACGCCAUCUGGGAGCUUCUCCGCCGGUCCCAGGAGAAGUUUGGAAAGGAAGUGUCUUCGGAGUUCCAGAUCUUCAACUCCCCUCGCGGGUCGAAGGACUUGCUGUUCAAGGACUCCACCCUCAGGCUUCUGAGGGUCCCCCCAAGGGUGGACACUGGCCUGUACCUCGGCUAUGCCUACUACACUGCGCUCCGGAACUUGAGGGAAAGUGAGGCAGAGGUGGCGGCGCGGCGCGCUCAGGUCGUGUGGUGCGCGGUGGGCGCCGAGGAGCUGCGGAAGUGCCAGCAGUGGAGCAGCGUGAGCGGCCGCCGCGUGACCAAGGGAGACGCCGACGCCCUGAGCAUGGAUGGGGGACUGAUCUACGUGGCGGGCAAGUGCGGCCUGGUGCCUGUCCUGGCAGAGAACGCCAAAUCCCAGCAAAGCGGUGGCCCUGACUGUGUGAACAGACCGACGGAAGGGUACCUUGCUGUGGCAGUGGUCAGGAAGUCGGACGCCGAUAUCACCUGGAACUCUCUGAGGGGCAGGAAGUCGUGCCACACUGCCAUGGGCAGGACCGCAGGCUGGAACAUCCCCAUGGGCCUGCUCUUCAACCAGACCCACUCCUGCAGAUUCGGCGAGUUCUUCAGUCAGAGCUGUGCACCCGGGUCUGACCCGGGGUCCAGCCUCUGCGCCCUGUGCGUGGGCGACGACAAGGGCGAGGGGAAGUGCCUGCCCAACAGCGUGGAGCGCUACUUCGGCUACACCGGGGCUUUCAGGUGCCUGGCUGAGAAGGCUGGAGAAGUUGCAUUCCUGAAAGAUGUCACUGUCUUGCAGAACACCAACGGAAAUAACCCUGAAGAGUGGGCGAAGGACUUGAAGCUGGAGGACUUUGAACUGCUGUGUCUCGAUGGGACCCGCAAGCCGGUGACGGAGGCUGCGAGCUGCCACCUGGCCAGGGCUCCAAGUCACGCUGUGGUCUCUCGGGAAGACAAGGCUGUCUACCUCGAGCAGGUGCUGCUCGAGCAGCAGGCUCUUUUUGGAAGAAACGGUGUUGACUGCCCGAGCAAGUUUUGCUUGUUCCAGUCUCAGACCAAAAAUCUUCUGUUCAACGAUAACACGGAGUGCCUGGCCAAACUCCAGGGCAAAAACACGUAUGAGGAGCACUUGGGAGCACAGUAUGUCACGGCCAUCGCCAACCUGAGACAGUGCUCCGCCUCCCCGCUCCUGGAAGCCUGCGGUUUCCUCAGACAGUAAAACCCGGGUUGAUGGCCCGCCUUGCAGAAGAAGCCUCGCCAUUCUCCAUUUGUGUUCGCCCUUCCACGCUCUUAGCCCUUCUCCCGGGGUGCGGGCGCGUCCUGCCUCGCCGAGGCGGGGUUUCCUGACCUCAUCUGUUUUCACAAUUCCCUGCCAUCAUCUUAGCCAGAAAUAAAGUUCG